GCCAAGGACUGCCCACACUGCGUGCACCUGGCGCCAGUCUGGCAGGACGCCCAGCACCAGUGGAUGGCGAACCAUCACGGCGAUGGCGCUGAUGUCACGUGGCAGCAGAAGGAGUGCUUCGGGCCAGGAUGGGCAAAAGGCCGCGAUUAUGCAGAGUGCCAGCGGCAGGGUGUAGAGUCCUUCCCGACCAUCAAGUAUUUCCCAUCGGCCAAGGGACCUGGCGUCGAAUACGAGGACGAGCGGUCGGCGGACGGCAUACAGGACUUCCUGCAGUCCCAGGUGUCGGCAGUGAAGGCCGACGCAGACGCGGCCGGAGCAGCGGCCGCCGAUGCCCCUGGGGUCGCUGCCGCACCACGCGUGGUGGAGUUCUAUGCAAAGGACUGCCCGCACUGCCAAGACCUCGAACCAGUGUGGAAGGACGCCAAGCAGCAGUGGCUCGAGGCGAAUGGAGGCGAAGACGGCGGUGUCACAUGGUCGCAGAAGGAGUGUUUCGGGAAAGGCUGGGCGCAGGGCAAGGACUUCAAGAACAGAUGGACGUCGACGAGGGCAUGCAGGGGAUCGCCUUGGCCAGGGGUAGUGGUUCGGAACAGGAGUGCGAGAAAGCCGGCGUGGAGGGCUUUCCCACCAUCAAGUUCUACAACGGAGCGUCUGAAGACGAGUUCCUGGAUGACCGCACUGCUUCCAAGCUUGUGGACCGAUUUCGUGGACUCCCACGUCAAUCCGGAGGCCAACCACUGGACGGCGGAGGAGGUGCGCAAGAUCGAGGAGGCCGUUGCCCGUGGCGGCUCCCCUCAGGUUGCGCAGGCCGCGGCCCCCGUGGCGUUGGCAGCACUCCAGGCUCCGGCGAGCUUGGUGGCGAGGCGCCGCGCCUCGGGCGCCGCCGGUGGAUCCCGCCGCUCGGCGGCACGCGCGCGCCACAGCUCCAAGGGCACCCUGGCGUGCUUCCUGUGAGCCCCAGAGCCUCGGGCUCCCUCGCGCGCGGGCCACGCGGCGGGCCGUCUGACAACGGCAGGAGUCAGCCGCACUCCAUUAGCAUGUAAUGCAUCGUGCGACCGCGUGGCGCGGUGGGCGGAUUUGCUCGGGGGGUUAGUGAUCGGCGCAUCCGCCAGGGCAGCAAUCGCACCAUCGCCGGCUAGCCUUUCGCCGUCUGUCGCAUAAUCGCCCGGCCUGACGGAUUAGCGCGUCUUACGGAGCGCGCGAA